GUACGUGGUAGUGUACCAACAUAAACAGUGUUGCCCCAAACACAACAAGAGGAGACGCCAGGAAGAAGAGUCGGUGUGUUAAAGGUUGCCAGAGUGUUGUACCAUGAGUGGCGGUGUUUAUGGUGGAGAUGAGGUGGGAGCCCUGGUGUUUGACCCCGGGCACUCCUCGCUGCGUGUGGGCUACGCCGGUGAAGAUUCCCCCAAAUUUGAUAUCCCAUCAUGGGUAGGAGUCGUUGAGGACCAAGAGACUAACGAGAAGAAGUACUUUGUCGACACAGUUGCUCUUCAUGUACCCCGAAAAGGCUGUGAGGUGGUUAACUACAUGAAGGAUGGCAUGAUCGAAGAUUGGGAUACCUUCGAGAAAGUGCUGGACUACUCGUAUGAGAAGUGUAUCAAGAGUGAGUCACAGUACCACCCCAUUCUCUUCUCAGAAGCCACGUGGAAUGCUCGAGGCAAGAGAGAGCGCCUCUGUGAGCUGGUUUUUGAGAAAUAUCAGGUGCCAGCAUUCUUCCUGGUCAAGUCAGCAGUCCUUGCUGCUUUUGCAAAUGGGAGAUCUACCGGUUUAGUCUUGGAUUCUGGCGCUACGCACACUUCUGCCAUUCCUGUUCAUGAUGGCUAUGUUCUACAGCACGCUAUUGUCAAGUCCCCUCUUGGCGGAGACUUCCUACUCAAUCAGGCAAAUAACUACCUUAAAGAAUCACAAGUGGAUAUAGUCCCUUCUUACCUGAUAGCUGAUAAACAACUGGUUAAGGAAGGUGAUCGACCCAAAUGGACGAGGAAGAACAAUGUGGCGGAGGUGACCAGCUCGUGGCACAACUACAUGAAGAGGGAAGUUGUACGUGAUUUUCAACAAACGAUGCUGCACUGCUCUGAAGCUCCUUAUGAUGAAGAGACCAUUACCAGCAUCCCUACUGAGCCAUUUGAAUUUCCAACUGGAUACAACAAUGAGUACGGGAUUGAACGAUACAGGAUCACAGAGAGCCUCUUUGAUCCUAGUUACAUCAAGGGUGUUGGUUCAACUAUGCUUGGAAUGUCGCAUGUUGUCUCGACAAGUAUUGGCUUGUGUGACAUAGACCUACGGCCAAGCCUCUACUCUGGUGUGAUUGUAACUGGUGGAAACUCGCUCUUGAAUGGAUAUGUUGAACGUCUCAAUCGGGAUCUGUCGAGCCGAACGCCUCCCAACAUGAGAUUCAAAUUGAUAUCUGCUACAGGCACAACAGAAAGAAGAUUUGGGUCAUGGAUCGGAGGCUCAAUCCUUGCCUCAUUGGGAUCCUUCCAACAGAUGUGGAUAAGCAAACAGGAAUAUGAGGAAUCAGGCAAAUCACAGGUUGAUCGAAAGUGUCCAUAGAGUUACUGUUCAUUAUUUUUGAAGGACAACUGUCAUGCAUUAACAUAAUAUAUUUUACUGCACUUAAGGAAAUUAUUGUUUGGCCUAAAAUUAUUUGUAAACUUAUUGUAAAUGGUUUAAAAAAUAAAUGACAAAGGGCAUUGUAACUGCAACCAGUAACCAGAAAUUGAGAACAUCUUUCUGAAAACAAGUUGAAACAAAUGAAAGUAGAACCGUGAUGCUAGUGUAAGUGUUUUGGUGAAGAUCAUUUGACCAAUUAUAUUGAAAGCUUGUGCUUAGUGCUGGAAUAUGGAAGUACUAUACCUCUAUAAUAAAAGUCUUUUAGCCUGAAAAUAUUCAAUGACUCGAGUAUAGAAAAAUUCUCUGUCAUUUUGGACGUUUUUAUGUAAGCUGCUGUAUGUGUGGUAAUGUUAAGGUUAAUCUUGGAUAUGUUGUGUAAGACUUUUAUUAAAUAUAGCAGUAAUA